CUUCAGGCGGCCCCUACGGUUCCCUUGAACCAAGCGCCCCGCCAGUGCCGAGUGCAGAAGAAGAAUUGGCUGCGGCCAAGACAAUUGCCACCCUGUAUAACUGUCGUAGUAAUUACACCCUCAUUAAUGCUGGCUCGCGACCGCUCUUUGAGGAGUACCUGGAGAUGCUCAUUCAAUAUGGUUUCAUCACCAUGUUCGUGCCGGCCUUCCCCGUGGCCCCACUGUUUGCCCUAUUGAACAACAUGUUCGAAAUACGCACCGAUGCCUCCAAGUUCUUGCGUGUCCUUCGCAGACCCGUCAUCAAGCGUGAAAAGACAAUUGGUCAGUCAGUUUUCCCUUAUUGUUGA